CAAAACUAUUUACAUUACACAACAGUAGUGUUCACAUAUUGAAACUAACCAACAAUCUCCCCUGCUCUUUCUUCUUCCCCAAACUCCGGAUCAUAAUCCCACAUGAUCACACUCUCAUUUCAUUAAACUCGACAUCAUUAUCCGGGCAUGCGACAUCGACGACAUGUCUAGGCCUCCCAACCAAGAAUUUCAAGAAUGGUGGAACAGCCAGAGGGAAGAGGAGCUCUUACUCUCAGACAAGCCUCAAAAACCUCGUCCUCAUUUAACCGUGGAGAUUCCUCCAACUCCCACAGCUGAUCAUUUCAUCGAAAAGGGCCGGCCUCGAACAAUCCGCCAAUUAUCUCAUGUCUUUCUCUUAAAAUUCCAGCAAUUAGUCAGUUUUUUUACAAAUCCCAACAAUGCCUUUAAUUCCUUCUAUAACACUGCAAGGCGCCGCUUCAAUACCCCCGAGACCACUUUUCUCUACGCAAGGCCUUAUGAAUUUCGCCUUUACCGUGUCAUUAAAGUGUUUUUUGUUAUUGUAGUUUUGUUGUUAGUGUUUGAGCUUUUAGCCUACUUGAAAGGCUGGCAUUUUAGUCCUCCUUCUGUAGAGUCAUGGGAGAUUCAGGAUUUUGUUGAGCUUUUUUACGCCUACUGGCUUCAUAUCAGGGCGAAUUACUUGGCACCCCCUCUGCAACAAUUAACCAAUGUCUGCAUUGUUAUGUUUCUAGUGCAGUCAUUUGAUCGCCUUAUUCUAGUGUUGGGCUUUGUCUGGAUUAAGAUCUGGAGGAUCAAACCGGUGGCAGAGAUGGAGUAUAAACAUGGACUGGACGAGAAUGUGGAGGCUUAUCCAAUGGUGUUGGUGCAAAUACCUAUGUGCAAUGAGCGCGAGGUUUACCACCAAUCAAUUGCAUCAGUAUGUGUUCAAGACUGGCCAAGGGAAAGAAUGCUUGUCCAGGUCUUGGAUGAUUCUGACGAUAUGGAUGUUCAAGAUCUUAUCAAGGAAGAAGUGUUGAAAUGGCAGCAUAGGGGUGUAAACAUAUUGUACAGGCAUCGCCUUGUCCGCACUGGCUACAAAUCAGGGAAUCUCAGAUCAGCAAUGAGUUGUGAUUAUGUGAAAGAUUAUGAAUUUGUAGCACUUUUUGAUGCAGAUUUUCAACCGCCACCAGAUUUCUUAAAGAAAACCCUUCCAUAUUUCAAGGGAAAUGAUGACCUGGGACUGGUGCAGACAAGGUGGACAUUUGUGAACAGGGAUGAAAAUCUGCUCACAAGAUUGCAGUACAUAAAUUUGUCAUUUCAUUUUGAAGUAGAACAACAAGUGAAUGGAGUUUUCAUCAACUUCUUUGGUUUCAAUGGAACCGCUGGAGUAUGGAGAAUCAAGGCCCUCGAGGAUUGUGGUGGCUGGAUGGAUCGAACAACAGUGGAAGACAUGGAUGUUGCUGUUCGUGCUCACCUUUGUGGAUGGAAGUUCAUUUUCCUCAACGACGUUAAGUGUCCCUGUGAACUUCCUGAGUCCUAUGAGGCAUACAUGAAGCAGCAAUAUCGCUGGCACUCAGGACCAAUGCAGUUGUUUCGUUUGUGCUUUCUUGAUGUAAUCCGCUCUAAGGUAAGUUUAUUCAAGAAAAUCAACCUGAUAUUCACAUUCUUUCUCCUGCGGAAACUGAUCCUACCAUUUUACUCAUUCACUCUCUUCUGCAUUAUUCUUCCUCUGACAAUGUUCCUCCCAGAAGCUGAAUUACCAGCUUGGGUAGUCUGUUAUAUCCCCGGACUCGUGUCUAUCCUCAACAUUCUCCCAGCGCCACACUCAUUUCCAUUCAUAGUUCCCUACCUUCUGUUUGAAAACACCAUGUCUGUAACAAAAUUCACUGCAAUGAUAUCAGGGUUGUUCCAGUUAGGGAGUUCCUAUGAAUGGAUAGUCACUAAAAAACUGGGCAGAUCCUCGGAAACAGAUUUGGUUUCCUUUGCAGAAUCGCAAGAACAAGCUGAAAGUCCUGGUCUGCAUAAGUCAUCCUCUGAAUCAGAUAUCACGGAGCUAACAAAACUAGAACUUGCCAAGAAAACACAAAGGAAAAAGAAUCAUAUAUACCGAAAGGAACUCACUCUCGCGUUCAUUCUACUGGCUGCAUCUGCCAGAAGCUUGUUGUCUGCUCAAGGCAUUCAUUUCUACUUCCUUCUCUUCCAAGGCUUCACUUUCUUAGCUGUUGGUCUUGAUUUGAUUGGACAGCAGCAGGUAAGUUAAUGAUCUGUUAAUCCACCACCACAACUAAAGCGCUUGUUUUCCAGUUGGAGGAUAUCACGGCUUCAGCCACAUUAUACUGCUAUCCUCAUCUCAAGGUCUAGAACAUCGGUGAACAAGAAACAGCAAAGAGAAGAAGAGCCUGAUUGUCUGAUACUCUCAUCAGCUAACACCACUGUAUAAAUCAAUUUGCUGCUAAUCACAAAUAUUUGUAUUGAAUCCUGGGUCGAGGUCGUUGAGGAAAUCCUCCACCAAUCCUCUAAUCUUUAUGGAAAUUUU